AUGUUUACAUCAGAGUCACAAAGGAUCAUACUGUCAGGCCCUGCUGAAAUUUAUCAGGAAGCUUUGUCCAAGGCUAUUGCCAAGCACUUUGAUGCCAGACUACUAAUUGUAGAUUUACUUUCAUUUUCUGCUGGAACUGCUUUAAAGGAAGCCCCUUCUUCUAAAAGAAUUUCAAAGCCUAAAAUAGUAAUAGGUUGUAGAGUAUCAUAUUGGGGUGGCAACAAUCCUGGGGAACCAAUGGAUGGCUCUAAGGGCAUAAUUCUCAUAUCUUUUCAAGAUAAUGAGUUUGCCAAAAUUGGUGUGAAAUUUGAGAAACCGUUUAAAAGAGGAAUUGACCUUGGAGGUCUGUGCGAAGUCGGUUAUGGUUAUUUUUGUCGUGCUGUAGUGUUGAGCAUGAUUGAAACUCCACGUGAAGGGGAUGAUUUUCACAAAAAAAUCUUGAACAGAAUAUUUGAGUUUGCUUUCGAUCAAGGUGAAAAAGGUUCCCUUGUUGUCCUUGUUCAAAACAUAGAGAAGGCUGUGGUGGGAGAAUGUCGUGUUUUGAAAAAUGCAAUUGAAAGAUUGCCCCCUAAUAUUGUGAUAAUGGCUUCCCACACCCAACUUUUUGAAGAGAAGCCUAGUAAAAAACAAGGGGAUUCAAAUUUGCUUUUAACUCAGGAGAAACCGAGUAGACAGCCUGAAGGAAGCAAUAAUUCCACUUCAUUUAUGAAUCAAAUUGGCGGUCUUUUCCCCAUUAAGUUGAUAAUACAGCUUCCUAAGGAUCAUUUGUCACUAUCUCGUUGGAAGGAGCAGUUGGAGCAUCAUGUUCAAAGUGCAAAUGCUGAGUUAAAUGCUGUUAUCAUUCGCUCAGUUAUAGACGAAAAUGCUAUGGAUUGCCUAGACUUCAAGACUCUUUGUUUUAACGAUCAAGCACUAACCCGAGAGAACGCACACAAAAUUAUUAGUUGGGCUUUAAGUUACCCCGAAAAGAACUUAAAUAAUUCAGUAAAGGAUGUUUUUCUUGACGGUGAGUUUGAGGAGAAGUUGAUGGCGGAUGUUAUUUCUCCGAGUGAUAUUGGAAUCACUUUUAACGAUAUUGGAGCGUUACAAAGUGUGAAAGAUACACUAAGGGAAUUGAUCAUGCUUCCUCUUCAGAGGCCGGAGUUGUUCAGCAAAGGGCAACUUGCUAAGCCGUGCAAGGGAAUAUUACUUUUUGGUCCUCCUGGCACCGGGAAAACAAUGCUAGCAAAGGCGGUAGCAACUGAAGCUGGGGCAAAUUUUCUCAAUAUUUCAUUGUCCACCAUUACUUCCAAGUGGUUUGGUGAAGCUGAGAAAUAUGUUAAAGCAAUAUUUUCUUUAGCUCACAAAAUUGCACCAACCGUUAUUUUUGUUGAUGAGGUUGGUUCUGAUGACUUCUACAGUCAAGUUGUUGCCGAAUUUGAAGAUAUUAUCCCUGUCAUUAAAACCUCCAUUGCUGGCUCUAGACAUGUUGGUCGUUAUUGUAUCGGAAACAAGCAUGGGCUUCUCUUGCCACAUACUAUCACACCUGAAGAAUAUCAGCAUAUAAGAAGAAGUCUACCUCAUGCAACUGUUGUGCAGCGCAUCCCAGAAGGAUUGACUUGUUAUGCGAGAUUUAUAGCAUGCAAUGACCAUGUUGCCCUUGCGCACACUGAACUUCACCAGAAUCCAUUUUUAUCUAAUGAGCCUGAAAUGGAGGUAACGAAUCAAAGUGGAACCCAAUGGACCCAAGACUUGGUAGGUUUACGCAAGGAAGAGAAGGGAAGCAUCAAAGGACACAUGAUGACUUGUGACAUCGAAUUAAAAUGA